CGGGCUAUCAGUCGGGCUUCUCCCCAACCUAACAUUUCAAUCCCUAAUUGAGGACUACGAGCAGGGCAAGGCGAGGGAGACCCGCGACCAGUCUCCACCGUCGCCGCAUAUAUGCGGGUGCGGCUGCUUCCUUCGUCUCCGAAGACACUCAGUAGUCAGUAGACCUCCAUCGUGUGAGACAAGUCAGUGGUGAUAGCUAGCUUCCUUCCGUCUCCGAGCGGUCUCCAUCGUCUCCAGCAGACCCGGCAUCCAAAGUCACCAACUGCAGCUCGGUGCCUGAAAAAUAAAAGGAAUCGCCUACUUCUGGUAUACCCGAUACUGUUAUUUCAUUUUCAUCAGUUUUGGAUCUUGGCAGCCAGCUCCUAGUCCCUGUUUUUGUUUCGUUUUCAUUGGAUCGGUUCCUUUAAUGGAACACACUUAUAAUUCAUUAAUCAUUACUAUUAUCUAGAGUUCUAGGCAACAACUAGAAUUAGGGGUGGAAGUUUGGGUUGCGGGUUGUGGAUAAUCCGCAAACCGCACCUAUUGUGGGUAGCCAUACCCACAAGUUAUGGGUAGUGGGUUGGGUGUGGGUAGUAAAAUAACGAUUUUUGUGGUUAGCGGUUAUCCACUAGCCACCGCGGAUAGCCCACAAAAUCUACAAUAACCACACUAAUUAUAUUUAUUUAGUGAAUUAACUUUAUAAUAUAAUAGUAUGUGAAAAGUGCGAGGAUAAAAAUUAAAGUAGCCAUCAAAUAAAAAAGACACACCUAAUCAGUUUUAUGUAAGAAUUUUUUAGUUUAUAAAACACUAUAAUCGAUAGAGUGGAGAAUAAUCAAUUCAUUAAAAGUGAACACCUUUUGUAACUUUUAUCAGUAACUUUUUGCUUUUGUGUGAAAAAAUAUAAGAUCAUAUUUAAUUGUCAUAUUUCUCCCCUAGUCGGGGAAAUAUGAAAUUACGGCUCUUUGGCACAAAAGUUGAAUAUCAAACUCAAAAAGAAAAAGGCUCCACGUUGAGUAAGAUCGAUGUACAAAAUUGUAUCUCCACGAACAACACAAGUGUAUAUCACUAUAAUUUAGUUACGAACAACAAAUACGUUGAGACUUCUCGGCCGAGUGCACUUUUCCUCGGCCGAGUGCACAGCCGAGGUGCACACUUGGCCGAGACUUCUCGGCCGAGUGCACUUUUCCUCGGCCGAGUGCACAGCCGAGGUGCACACCUGGCCGAGACUUCUGUAUUAAUAGGGCUGAAAAUUGGCCCGACCCGCCCCUGACCCUGUCUUGACCCUGUCUGACCCGCCCCUGAAGGGUCAAGAUGUAUAACUGACCCGCCCCGACCCUGUUUCUUUCAUGACCCUGUCUGACCCUUUAGGGUCGGGGCGGGUCAGGAAGGGUCGGGUCGGUGGGUCGACCCUGAUAAAUAGACUACUUUUCUAAAAAUUACAAUUUGGUACCCGAAUUUAUUUUUUCUUACAUUUUAGUACCUAAAUUUUAUUUUUUUUACAAAUAAGUCCCUAAAAUUUGAUGGUAAAAUUACAUUUUGGUACCCAAAAUUUUUAAUUUUUACAAUUUAGUACCUAAACUUAUAAAAUUUUACAAAUAGGUCCCACAUGUUUGUAUGAUGCUAAGGGUCAUAGGGUCAAAAAGUGACCCGACCCUAAAUUGACCCGACCCUAUCAGACCCUGACCCAACCCUAAGCCGACCCGACCCUAAAUUGACCCUAUAGACAAACUGACCCAGCCCGACCCUGAGGGUCGGGGCGGGUCUGGGCGGGUCAGUGGAUUUUAAAGGUCAAACUUACACCCCUAGCAAUGGGUAGGAUACGGGGCGGGUACCCCAUAUCCAUUGUCCGUCCUUUAUGCCCGCGUGCAAAACCCGUGACUAGUGAUGGCAAUGGGUUGGGUCGGGUUUUGCCAAACCCAAACCCAUGGGUUUAUUCGUGAAAAAACCUGGGGUCAAGCCCAACCCAACCUGCUGGGUAUCCGCGGGUUCAUGCCUUCAUGGGUACCCAUGGGUUUUUGUCGUAAAAAAUUUACAAUAACAAGUUCCUAUCAAAAUAAAAGUCAAAAAGCAAUCUCUCAAUACAAAUUAUCCAUAUAUAAAACACCAUUCUAGUAAAUUCAAGUAAAUCACAAAUUAACCAUAUAAAUUGUUCAACACCAAUCUAGAAAACUGGAGAAAAUUAAAGCAAAUCACAAAUUAUCCAUAAACAAAAUGAUUAAUUGAAAGGUUCUUUCUCCUUGUCAAUUAAGCUUCUCCACUCUCCACUCGAUAAUAUCAACUUCAUUCUACACAAUUAGAAAGAAAAAAUUAGACAUGUCUCCACAACAUAAAGAAGAUGAGUUGUUUAGAAUAUUAAAUAUACCAUAAAAAUAAUUAUAUAGGUGUGGGCGGGUACCCAUUGGGCGGGUUUAACUAAACCCAAACUCAACCCAACCCGUUGAAUAAUGAACGGGUUUAAACCCGAACCCGACCCAAAACUCGUCAACACGGGUUUUACCCCCAUUGACCGGGUUAGGUCGGGUAGGGUACUAGUGGGUUCGGGUUUUGUAGUCAUCCCUACCCGCGACUGCCCCAUUAAGCUUCACGGGCAAACAAAUUGGACCAAGCCCACGUUCAAGCGGGUAUCGAUGAACCCGCGGGUCAUUGGUUACCCGUGACCCGCCAAGAAAAAGCAAGCUAACAAAAAUCCUGAAACAUAACUAAGCAUGAUCUGAUUUACUGGAAACCAAGUUAUUAUAACAUUCAACAAGUAACCAUGAACUAAAAGCCCCGAAACUUGUCUCAAAUCCAACAAUAUAACCAUAAAUAAACCCGCUUAGUGAAAGAGGUGGACCGUUUUCUCCAAGUCAUGGUAACUUGUAAGUCACUGUAGCAAAAUCAUAUAUUACAUUAUAAUUAUUAGAAGAGAGAUACUUUUUAAAUCGGCCUAAUACGAAUAAAGGAUUCAUAGUUAU